GGGCUUCUCGCUCCACCGACCAGAUCCUCCAACAAAAAAAAAAACUUUCCGUGCCGGCUUCCUGAAACUUCUGUACAACUUAUGGAAGGGGUAGCGUAAGAAAUGAGAAAUAAAGAACCAUGGUAUUGAUGACCGAGCAGGCGGACAGACCUCUGACCCCGGCCUCCACACCGGAGCAACUUCUCCACUCCCGCGGGAAUCGGACGACGUCUGAUGUGGAUCAUGGGGGAGAGAGGAGACAGAGGAAGCAUGGAGACCCCCAGCUGGGUGGAGACCCAGAGGCAGACCCCUCAGAGAGCAGGAAGAAAGCAGCAGGCAUGAGAUUGAAACCUGUGGAGCAGCUUUCACCACUGCUGACUCCCAGUGAAUGUGAAACAAAGAUUGAACGGAAAAAGUCCCAGCCUACCCACAUUUCAAAGACAAACCUCCAUUAUCAUAAGCUAUUCAAGGAUGUCAGCAAAGAUGAGCUCCUCAAACAAAGCUACACCUGCGCCCUGCAAAAGGACAUUUUGUAUCAGGGCAAAAUGUUCGUCUCCGAUAACUGGAUCUGCUUCUACUCCAAAGUCUUCGGCAGAGAUACAAAGAUUUCUAUCCCUGCGGUGACUGUGACGUUUAUCAAAAAAGCUAAAACUGCUUUGUUAGUGCCAAACGCCCUUGUGAUUGAAACAACCUGUGAUCAGCAUGUUUUUGUGUCACUCCUCUCCCGAAACACCACCUACACUCUGCUGAAUUCCAUCUGCAUUCAAUUGGAGUCGUUGCAGGUGGAAAAGCUGUGUAGCAGCCCUGUUAUUUCCUCAAGUGAAAACAGCUUCAGAGUGAAAUGCCCAUCCUCUCUUCCUCUGGACUUUUCUGCAGACUUUUCUGCAGACUUCUCUGACCUCGAUGGGGUUGUGCAACGAAGGCGUCACGAGAUGAUGGAGAGCAGCAGCUCCGGGUCUCAAACUCCAGAUUACGACAAAAUAAAUGACUUCACCAGCCUCCCGGACACAUUUCUGAGUGCCGUGAAGAGCGGGGAGGUUUCAGUCCACGCAGACGUUCACCUCCAGACUCCAAGCCAAAAACACGGAGCUGCCCUGAACAAUGAGGGUACUAAGCUCAAAGGCAAAUCCUCACAGCCCAUGUCGUUACACACCAUCCUCCUCAUCUAUUUGUUUUUAGUUAGUGUCCUCGUCCUGUCCUCCUGUUACAUGGCUUUCAAGAUUGUGGCUCUUGAGCAUCGCUUGAGCUCCUUGGUGUCCAUGGGGGAACACAUCCGUAAUGAAAAUGCUGUGAGCCGCAGACCCCAGGAUGAAGUGAAUGCUGAGAUUUUUGGAGAACUUUCUUCUAACUUAUUCAAGCUGGAAAAGAUUCAGAGGAGCCUGCGGAAGCUACUUGAAGAGACUUAAAAGAAGACUUUUUGUCUGUCCAGACAGAAGCUUUACUUUCUCUGUUAAAAAAGGUUGGUUUAUCACUGAA